GAGGAGGAGCUGGUGGGGAAAGGAAAGUGAUUCGUCCUGGGCCUGGACUGCGCGGAGUCGGGCCGGUGGGCGUCUGGGCUAUGAGCCCUUGAGGGUCGCUCGGGACGCGGAGCGAGACGCCAGAGCCGAGAGGCAUGUCUCAGCCGCCGCCGCCGCCGCCGCCGCCGCCGCCGCCGCCGCCGCCUCCCCCGGAGGCCCCGCCGACCCCGCCGUCCCUGGCGGCCGCGGCCCCUCCGGGGGGGCUCUCGAAGCGGAGAGACCGGCGGAUCCUCUCUGGGAGCUGCCCGGACCCCAAGUGCCAGGCGCGCCUCUUCUUCCCGGCGUCCGGCUCCGUCAGCAUCGAGUGCACCGAGUGCGGGCAGCGGCACGAGCAGCGGCAGCUGCUGGGGGUGGAGGAGGUGACCGACCCGGACGUGGUGCUUCACAACCUGCUGCGGAACGCGCUGCUCGGCGUGACAGGCGCGCCCAAGAAGAACACGGAGCUGGUGAAGGUGAUGGGCCUUUCCAACUACCACUGCAAACUGCUGUCGCCCAUAUUAGCGCGCUACGGCAUGGAUAAGCAGACGGGCAGGGCGAAGCUGCUCCGGGACAUGAACCAGGGCGAGCUGUUCGACUGCGCCCUGCUGGGCGACCGCGCCUUCCUCAUCGAGCCGGAGCACGUCAACACGGUGGGCUAUGGCAAGGACCGCUCCGGGAGCCUCUUGUACCUGCACGACACUCUUGAGGACAUCAAGCGGGCCAAUAAGAGCCAGGAGUGCCUCAUCCCAGUCCAUGUGGACGGCGACGGACACUGCCUGGUGCACGCCGUGUCCCGCGCCCUCGUCGGCCGCGAGCUCUUCUGGCAUGCCUUGAGGGAGAACCUCAAACAGCACUUUCAGCAGCACCUGGCCCAGUAUCAGGCCCUGUUCCACGACUUCAUCGAUGCCGCCGAAUGGGAGGACAUUAUCAACGAGUGUGACCCUCUGUUCGUACCACCUGAGGGUGUGCCCUUGGGCCUGAGGAACAUCCACAUAUUUGGCCUCGCCAAUGUGUUACACCGCCCUAUCAUUCUGCUAGAUUCUCUCAGUGGCAUGAGAAGCUCUGGUGAUUACUCAGCCACCUUUCUGCCUGGGCUCAUCCCUGCGGAGAAGUGCACAGGGAGAGACGGUCAUUUGAACAAACCAAUCUGUAUUGCAUGGAGUAGCUCUGGUAGAAACCAUUAUAUCCCCUUGGUAGGCAUAAAAGGGGCUGCUCUGCCCAAAUUGCCUAUGAAUUUGCUGCCCAAAGCAUGGGGGGUGCCUCAGGACCUUAUUAAAAAGUACAUUAAACUUGAGGAGGAUGGUGGUUGUGUUAUUGGAGGAGACAGAAGUUUGCAGGAUAAAUACUUACUUAGGCUCGUGGCUGCUAUGGAAGAAGUCUUUAUGGACAAACACGGUAUCCAUCCUAGUUUGGUGGCCGAUGUCCAUCAGUAUUUCUACAGGAGGACUGGGGUGAUAGGAGUUCAGCCUGAAGAAGUUACAGCAGCUGCUAAAAAAGCAGUCAUGGAUAAUCGCCUUCACAAAUGUUUGCUCUGUGGUGCCCUUUCUGAACUUCAUGUUCCUCCAGAGUGGUUGGCUCCGGGAGGGAAACUGUAUAACCUGGCAAAAAGUACUCACGGACAGCUGAGGCCUGACAAAAAUUAUAGCUUUCCCUUGAACAAUUUAGUUUGCUCAUAUGAUUCGGUGAAAGAUGUUCUGGUACCAGACUAUGGCUUGAGUAACCUGACAGCUUGCAACUGGUGCCAUGGCACAUCUGUGCGAAGGGUCAGAGGAGAUGGGUCUAUUGUGUAUUUGGAUGGGGACAGAACUAAUUCUAGGUCCACUGGUGGCAAGUGUGGCUGUGGAUUCAAACAUUUUUGGGAUGGUAAAGAGUAUGACAAUCUACCAGAAGCUUUUCCUAUUACUUUGGAAUGGGGUGGAAGAGUCGUCAGAGAAACGGUAUAUUGGUUCCAGUAUGAAAGUGAUUCAUCCUUGAAUAGUAAUGUUUAUGAUGUUGCAAUGAAACUUGUCACCAAGCACUUUCCGGGUGAAUUUGGGAGUGAAAUCCUCGUUCAGAAAGUUGUCCAUACUAUAUUGCAUCAGACUGCCAAAAAGAAUCCUGACGAUUAUACUCCUGUAAAUAUAGAUGGUGCUCAUGCCCAAAGAGUUGCAGAUGUACAAGGACAAGAGGCAGAGUCUCAGCUCCCAACUAAAAUUAUUCUUACCGGACAGAAAACAAAAACUUUGCACAAGGAGGAGUUAAACAUGAGUAAAACUGAAAGAACUAUUCAACAGAAUAUUACGGAACAGGCUGCUGUAAUGCAGAAAAGGAAAACAGAGAAGUUAAAACAAGAACAAAAAGGGCAGCCCAGGACCGUUUCUCCUAGUACCAUUCGUGAUGGUCCGUCCUCUGCACCGGCUACCCCUACCAAGGCUCCCUAUUCACCCACCACUUCAAAGGAGAAGAAGAUCCGAAUAACAACUAAUGAUGGACGACAGUCCAUGGUUACACUGAAGUCUUCAACAACCUUUUUUGAACUUCAGGAAAGCAUAGCCAGAGAAUUUAACAUUCCUCCAUAUUUACAGUGUAUUCGAUAUGGCUUUCCUCCUAAAGAGUUAAUGCCACCCCAGGCUGGAAUGGAAAAGGAGCCAGUUCCUUUACAGCAUGGUGACAGAAUUACAAUAGAGAUUCUAAAAAGUAAAGCGGAAGGUGGUCAGUCUGCUGCAGCACACUCUGCCCACACUGUGAAACAAGAAGAGAUUGCUGUUACUGGUAAACUAUCUAAGGAACUUCAGGAGCAAGCUGACAAAGAAAUGUACUCCUUGUGUCUUUUAGCAACGUUAAUGGGAGAAGAUGUGUGGUCUUAUGCAAAGGGGCUUCCUCACAUGUUCCAGCAGGGUGGAGUGUUCUACAAUAUUAUGAAGAAAACCAUGGGCAUGGCUGAUGGCAAGCAUUGUACUUUUCCACAUCUGCCUGGCAAAACCUUUGUCUAUAAUGCUUCUGAAGAUAGACUGGAAUUGUGUGUGGAUGCCGCAGGACAUUUCCCCAUCGGUCCUGAUGUUGAAGAUUUAGUUAAAGAGGCUGUAAGUCAGGUUCGAGCAGAGGCCACUACAAGAAGCAGAGAAUCCAGUCCCUCACAUGGGCUAUUGAAACUAGGUAGUGGUGGUGUAGUGAAAAAGAAAUCCGAGCAGCUUCAUAAUGUAACUGCCUUUCAGGGAAAAGGGCAUUCUCUAGGAACUGCAUCCAGUAACCCACACCUUGACUCAAGAGCUAGGGAAGCCCCAGUUGUAAGGAAGCAUAACACAGGGACAGACUUUAGUAGUAGCUCCAUUAAAAUGGAGCCUCCAGUAUUUCCAGCUGCUCCUAGUAAUAGUGAGCUUAUUCGAAUAGCUCCUGGAGUAGUUACAAUGAGAGACAGCAGGCAGCUCGAUCCCGAUUUGGUUGAGGCCCAGCGAAAAAAAUUGCAGGAAAUGGUUUCUUCUAUCCAGGCUUCAAUGGACAAGCACUUGCGGGAUCAAAGUGCAGAGCAGUCACCAUCUGAUCUUCCUCAAAGGAAAGUAGAAGUUGUGAGUUCUUCCGUGAAGUCUGGGAGUCUUCAGACUGACUUACCUGAAUCUUUUUCCUUAACUGGUGGCACUGAAAAUCUGAAUAUAGGGACAACUGAUAGCUGUGUGGCAGAGGCACUGGGGGCAGCAUUGGUCACAAGGUCAAAAGCACAAAAGGGAAAUUCAGUGGAGGAGCCUGAAGAGAUGGAUAGCCAAGAUGCUGAGAUGACAAACGCAGCUGAGCCCAUGGAUCACUCUUGAUUUAAUUAGAGGCUAAUAGUAAAGGCAGAAUGUUUAUUGUGAAUAUGUAACAUUUGUCGGCUGGGCCACAUAACUUGAUUAGUCAUAAAAAAUCUUGUACGUAUAUAAUUCAAAGAUUAUAUCUUGUUAUUCAGUGCAUGACAGCAAGUGUGUGAUUGGCAAUAGCUUUUAAUAUACCGCUGCCCAGGCUGGCUCUGAAUUCCUAUAAAUUAGUUAUUAGAUCUGCUGAGAUGAGUUUUCCAUACACGUGGUUCAUUGGAAGUUUUUUGUAACUUUAAUUCCAUGAAAGUCUUAAUGGUUCAAACAUGAAAAUUCUCUUGCUAAAGUUUGAUUUCUGAAAAGGAUAGAACUGGGAGGUGGGGGAUGAGAUUUUGCUAAUGUUGAUGUCAUCAAGGUAACCAUUCCACAUAUUUAUUAGAGUGUCAAAAGGUUUAUGUAAAUUUGAAGGUUAUCUGAACUAAAUUGUAUCUUAAAAUCCAUAGAAGGAUUUAUUAGAUCCAGGGAUCCCGACAUUUCCGUGAACGUAAACACAUUCAUAGAGAUAUGUCUUCUUGGUGAAAAAUAUCUUGAGAAUAGAGUGUAAUGAUAUAACAUUUUGCUGAUUUAAGCAAGGCUGGGGGAAAAUACCUAUUCUAGAUGGAUAAAGUCAAUGUGAUUCAGUAAUGUUGCUGUCUGAGCCAACACAGCCAAUUGUGUGCUCUGUUGUUGAUAAUAUGUUAGUUACCAUUAUUUUUUUAAUCCUGGCCUGGUCAAGUACCACUGAAUUUUUUUUUUCUUUAAUCUUGCAGAAAAGUUGAUUGCAAAGUGUGGUAGAAAAUAUAAAAAUAAUGGUAGCAGUAGUUAAUCUCUAAUUUUCAGAGUUUGUCAGAUUCACAGAGAAUUUAUAUAUAAGAAUUUAUCUUUAUGAAUGAGUUACAUUGUUCUACAAUUUUGAUCAAUGGUAUUUAAGCUUGUAUAUGCUAAGUGUCUUUGAGCCCCUUUGAACCAAAAAUGUUUCCUUUUUUUCCGUAGCAUCCAUAAAAUAUAUUUGUUGGUUUCACUUGGAUUUGGAUGCAAAUUUUACUGCAUCAUACCCUGAUCAACUGGGCAUUUGCUUAAAUAGUGUAUUCAUCAAAUCUUUAGUGCCAGUUUCCUCAAAAAGCAGCUUUCAUGCUUAUUAUACCUUAAGGACAAAGAAUGUUUAUCCUGAGAUUGGUAUUGCACUAUUUUAUCCUAUUCUGCAAAUCUGUAUUCUGAAAUGUACAUUUCAAUCCAUCUUUUUCCUUUGUUCACUGAAAUUAAGUUGAAUUUGAAUGGAUGAAAGACAAAAUGUAUGUUAAUACAAUCUCUUAUCUAGAGCAUUCAAAGCCUGGCUGUCUCUGUUUGCAUAUGUAACAGAUGCAGAACUAUGUUUGCAGUCUAAGAAACUGUUCAUCAGAAAGUACAUUAUCAGGUGAUUCAAAAUGUCAACCUGUUGAUUCAUUAAGGAAUAUAUAUACAGUACUUUCACUUGUGUUUCCAAAGAAGAGAGGUUUUGGAUUUCUUUCUAUGAAAGUAUUUCUGACUUAAUCCACUUACUGAACUACUCCAUUUUGAAUAAGGAGAAAAUGGAGAACCUAGACAUUUUGCAAGUGAUAUCUGAGCAAGAUAUAUAUAUUUGGGUUAGUUUUAUCACAUUACAUUUUAAACCAUAUUUUAUCUCUGUUCUUCUAAAUUUAGUUUCAAUUGUCUUAAUAUCUAAAGAGCAGGAAAAUUUAGGACUUUUAUAUUGUGUGCUAGUUUUGCAUAAAGAACUGCAGCUACCAAAUAAUUAUUUAGUUAAUAUAGGUGGCUUCCGUGUAUUAAACUAAAAAUGACAACUACCACUAACCACUAUAAUAAUUUUUAGCUCUUUUAGCCACUGAAACUGACCUUUUCUUAUUAGUUUAAAUACAGGAAAACUGUUUAACAAGCAGAUGCACCGCUUCCAGGUAAAUGAUGUACUCACCUUUUCUUUAACAAAUAUUUUCCUCACCUGUGGCUUGGCAUGUUUAGUUAAUAACUGAGAAAUACACUCUCAUAGCAUAAAGUAAAAAUGUCAGAAAUAAAUUUUAUCAUCCUAUUAUAUUAAAUAUUUGCAUUUAGUCAAAUUAGAAUGCACCUGUGAACAUUAGAAGAAGGGCUUUAAACUCUGAUAACACUACUAAUUUCUCUUGCCACAGCAAUGCUAUUUAGAAGCUGGUUAGGUAUGAAUAUUAUAAUAAUACUGUGGGUUCUCCCUCGAUAAAGAAUAAAAGGCUUGAUUUUUGAGAAUGGUCAGGUUUUCUGAAAUUAUAUUAAAUCUGCUGAAAUUUGGAUGGAGUAAAUUAGUAGCUUUUGAGAAGUGGGCCAGAUAUCAUCUUCACAGAGAAGUUUUAGAACGAAUUUAAGUGCCUAAUUUUCAUCCUUUGUCCUUCCAUAUGGUUAUCAUAAUCAAAUACAUGACUGUAGAACUCUUAUUUUUUAGUACUGCCAUUUGGGAUCACCACAGCUUUGAAUUCCAGCUAGAGAUCAUAAACCGUUAAAAUGUCAUUUUUAGCCCUAGACGUAACAUAACUGUUAACUAUUUUUUUUAGCCCUAGAUGUAACAUAACCAUAACCCAAUCUUAUAAUUAAGUUCUGUUUGUGAUGUUUCACUGAAACUUGAAGUAGAAUUGUAAAUUUUUCUCUUCAGUAAUAACAUUUUAUAGGUAGUCAUACCAAGUUUGAAUUGAUGACCAAAAGUCCAAGUAGAGUUGAAGAUGGUGUGUGUUUAUAAUGAGAAACUGGUUGAUAUUGAAGAAGACAAGACACUGCCAUAUAUUAUGAACUAGAAUAUAAUGAACUCUAAGGGAAUGGUUACUCAGGAACUAGUUAAAAAGUAAGCCCAAGGUCUGUCUAUUUUUUCUUCUUUCACUGUGUUUCAAGUAUUUUAUUGGAAAAUUUAGGAUGAAGACCUGAGAAAUUCAGCAAAUGCUAUUGACUGUGAAUUUUGCUUUAUAUCUUCUGACGAUUUUUAGUUUGGUUUUUACAGUCAAGCCUACUGCUUGCAAUUAAGACAUCAAUCUGAAAUGCAUCUGUGAAUCCCAGCCACAGGUCCUUAUUGCCAUUCUUUUUAAGUAUCUAACUUGAUUUGAAAUGAGCAGACUUUUGUGUAUGGUCUUUUACCUCAGGGAAGAUCACUUGCUAGCAACUCAUAUAUUACUAAUGACAGGUUUUUGAGAAUUGUACUGAUAACACAUGUUUGCUACUAAAUGCAAAAUGUAUAACAGUAUUACUUUGUGGAGUUGCCUACUAAUACUGGCUGCUAGUGAACAUUUCCUUAAAAAUUUAGAACUCACUAAUGACUAAUCUUUAGGUAGGAAGUAAACUCGCUUCUGUCAUUAAUUAUGCUUUGGUCAAUAUAGUGACAAUAUCUAAUACGGUGUUUAUUUCAAAAUAUCAGUACAGUUUUGUCUUCAUUUUUUUCAAUAGGAAUUCCAGUUGGCCCACACUUAAAAUACUGCAGAGUAGACUUUGAGAGUUUCAUGGUUUCCAAAACAAGAUCUCCAUAUUAAGAUUUUCCUAAAGGCCUUUGCAAAGUUGAAUCAAACUGCACUCCACAGAAAUUUAAAAUGACCAUCAUAGCAGUAGUGAGAUACAUACUCUACAUAAGUAGGGUAGAUAUAUCCUACAGUUCAAGGUUAUCAUAUAAUUUAACAAAAUUGUACAUUCUCAAGGCUCUUCACAAUAUAAGAAAUUAAUUUCUAAACCAGAACUGUUCAGUUGAAAACAUACCACAGUAGAAUGUUUACUUAAGAAAUAAAAUUAACAGAGCGGAGCUAUUGUAAGAUUUAUAGUUAAUUGUAAGUUCUGCCAUUCUUAAUAAUUCUUUGAGAUACUGUGUUUCAAUUCAUAUUUAAUGAUAAUUAAAUCGUGGGAAUUUUAACGUUUGUUCCAAAAUAGAAGAAAUUGUAAAAAUUGUGAAUUAUUGGAGAAAAUGCCAUUACUUGUAUAUCUGACAUUUAAUUUUUUAAAUUAUGGAGUCUACAUGCUUUUGUAGUAUAAUACUAAUAUGAUGAUUAUUCUCUUGUAAAAGAAAAGGAAAAUUAGUAAAAAAAAAAAGUUUUAGUCGAUAUUAUCUGCUUGUGAGUAUCAAUUACUUAGUAUUUAAAAUUUGAAGGUAUUGCAUAUUUUUUCUUUAGAAUGCACAAGUCCCUGAGCCUUUUAUGCCUAUGAUAAGGCAAUAAAAGACUGAAAAGG